GUUGUUACUCGAGUUACAAGAUCCGAGUCGUUCGAGGUUUCCGAACGUUCCAAUUGCGAUUCGAAACAAUUCGAAAUCGGACGAAGUGAGGUUUGGGUUCCAUCAUCGCUAUCCGCAUUGCGUGGCACGAGGCGGCACGACCUUGUUUCCCUGCGACUCGUCGACGGAGUCACACGCAUCAGCAAAAAUGCAACGUAGUAUACUCCGCGCAACAACUAUCCAGCUGUUACAAAGACGCCUCUUCAAGAAGUACCACGUGAGGGUUAGAUUUGCGCCCAGCCCUACUGGCCACUUGCACUUAGGAGGAUUGCGCACCGCGUUGUACAAUUAUUUAUUUGCACGUAGCAACAAUGGCACAUUUAUUUUGAGGAUCGAGGACACCGAUCAAACAAGGACAGUUCCUGGAGCAAUAGAAAAAAUUCAGGAUGAUUUGCUAUGGGCAGGAAUUAUAUCCGACGAAGAUCCUACCAGAGGUGGCCCUGUUAGUCCUUAUAUACAGUCAUCGAGGCUUGAAUUAUAUAAGGAGCAGGUGUUUAAACUCUUGAAUAAUGGAUCUGCUUACUAUUGCUUCUGCACGGAGAAAAGGCUGAGCCUGCUGAGGAAAGAGGCGAUGAAAUGUGGACAAGUACCUAAGUACGAUAACAGGUGCCGACAUUUUACUAAGGAUGAAAUAAAAGAAAUGAUUAGGAAAAACUUGGCUUAUUGUAUUAGAUUUAAGUUACCAUCCACACCAGAAGCCUUUCAUGAUCUAGUUUAUGGAGAUGUCUUGCAUGAUAUCACUAAGUCUGAGGGAGAUCCAGUUAUCAUAAAAUCAGAUGGUUAUCCUACUUAUCAUUUUGCAAACGUAGUCGAUGAUCAUUUUAUGGAGAUAUCUCACGUCUUACGUGGUGUUGAAUGGCAAGUUUCUACACCUAAACAUAUUAUGCUUUACAAAGCAUUUGGUUGGAAUCCUCCUAUAUACGGACACUUACCUUUAAUAAUGAAUGCAGAUGGAUCUAAAUUAUCGAAAAGACAAGGUGAUAUAAAAAUCGAGUCAUUCCGGAAACAAGGAAUUCUUCCACUAGCGUUAUUAAAUUACGUGAUAGGAGCUGGUGGUGGUUUCCACAGAGAACAAGACAGCAAAGAUCUUUACACUUAUGAGGAAUUAAUUAAACAGUUUGAUAUUACUAAAAUAAAAUCAAGUUCUGGCAAACUUAUGCCCGAGAAAUUAUUGGAAUUUAACAAAUUGGAAAUGGCAAAUUUACUACGAAAUGAAAAAAACCAUAAAUUUUUUAUUGAAAGAAUUAAGAGAUUAGUGUCAGAAGCUUUUCCCGAAUGGAAAAAUAAUGGAAAUUUGCAAUUAGAUGAUAAUCACAUAAUAACAACGUUUAAAUGGGCACAAAACAGGAUAUCGACACUCAAUGAUCUCGUCAAAGAAGAUUUGGCAUUUUUGUGGAUUGUUCCAUCUUCUAUGCCAAAUGUUAAAGAAGAUGGAUGUUCAGAUGCGAUUAAGCUAUUGAACGCGGAAUUAGUGGAAAUAGAUGCGAGUAAUUACAAGACCGAUUGGAUGGCACCUUAUUUAAAGGAUUUUGCCAAGAAGAAUGGAGUUCCAUUCGCUGCUUUGAUGGAAACUCUGAGAAGCGUUAUGAGCGGCGUAAACGUCGGGCCACCUGUUGCUGAAAUGAUGGAAAUUUUGGGAAAAGAUAGAACGUUAUUGCGAUUACAGCGUUGUGUUUCUUGAGAACUUACAUAUGUUGUGUAAUUGCAAAUUGAUUGUACUGUCAAAGGUAAAAAAUACAUUUAAAGAAAUAAAUCCAGUUUACAUGUAAUUCUGCAG